AUGGCAUGUCGAACCAAGGAAGGGGGGCAGGAGGAGGGAGCCGUGAUGGGGAUUCCUUGGAAGGAGAGUCUGAAGGAUGUCCCGCAAGCAUCGUCCACGGGGAAUCCGACUCUUCAUGUUCCUGCGUUGCUAAGGGUACAGGGUUGCGAUCCAGAGAUGUCCAGCACAGUCAGAACUCACAACGCGAAUGUUGUCGUUGGCCCAGAAACAGCAAGCUCUAGAUUCCAUGUGUUGCAAUGUUCCACUUUACAUAAUGUCGUCGAUGAUAUCGCUGCUUCUGGCCUAUUCAGAUGCAUCGAUCUUCUUCGAGAAUGUGUUUGCAAACGAGAGGAUGAAUCUUCGGGAUUGUUGGAGGACCUAGAAUCUCUGAAAAACGAAAUCAAAUUCAGACAAAACGGUUGGAGCCAGAAAUUCUAUGGGAGCACAAAAGACGAUAUCUGGCAUUGGAUCGUUGGAUCGUCAGAACCGGAACAUAAGAAGCUUGUAAAGAAGAAGGGAUCUUCUUACCUUUCCGAAUUCGGCGAUAAAUUGUUUCAUUGUGUGGGACUAGCCCCCCUGUUCUUGUCUCUCCUACAGAUAUGCACUCUCUACUGUCUCUGCAGGAGCAUAGUCUUGCUGUCAAGAUGUACGUCGGUCACAUCCCGUCAAGAGCAGCAUCAGCAGAAUGACUUGCCGUCUUUCCGUAAGAAGGACCAUGCAAAUCAAGUGGCUGAAACCGCGAGCUCACCGGACACCCUCGCAGCAAGCCGAACUCAUGAAACAAUUGCUGUCUGGCACGCGAUUAUUGGCCAGCUGCUGGUGAUGAUGAACAGGAUGCUCAUCUUUCUAGUCCUGCAGCGUCUACCUUUCCUUCACUUUGUCCUGCCGAAUUACACAGAACCAUCUCGCAAGUUCAGGCUAUGGUGGCUGAGGAAGAGGCUUCACUCGUCACUGUACAGCGCCAUCACAACCCUCAGCCGCCUCUCUGUCCUUGUCGUAGCGAUGUGGAAGCUGUCGGACUCGGUGAUGGCGCUUCAGGCACAGGAAGCGCUGGUGAUGUGGGUGAUGUGA